UGUAAAUUGAAACCGCUUGUGAAGUGUCGUUUAUAGAGAGAUUAUAAAAUUGCGUGAUAUCACUAUCUGUGUGAUACACUUGUAAUGAUUUACUUAUUCGUAGUUUCACUAAAAAUGAGAGAAAAAGCGCGUUAUGUGUAUAUAAAUAUAUGUAUAUGUGCGUGUAGGAUGAAAUACAUUUCGUGCGUUUCUGAAAAGAGUCAACGUGAAAAGCGUACAUCAGCAAUGGGGAAGUGAAUUAGAAAGAAGCGCGCGCACACGUAGCAGAACAAUAGACAAUAGACGGAACGAAAGAGUAGACGUAAGCGUAGAUGCUCGCACAUGCGCUCUCCUUUGACAGAGCUCUUGAUAUAAUUACAAAAUCUAUUACAGUCUAAUAGCAGAGCGCGACUGUUUACCGAUCAUUCUCGGAAAACGCUAGUCUAAACUGAUACAUGUGAUAAUAAAUAGUCGAAACCGAAUAACCAAUGACACCUUUGUUUCAGGGAUCAGAAUGCGGUGGAUUGGUUAUGUGGCCACGAUUCUCUGGUGGUCGGGCAUCGCCAGGUCUCUCAGCACGCUGAAUCGAGGUCACAGUUACAAGAUCAGUCCGAAGCCCUGUAAAGUGCCCGGUUCCGAGAGCAAGGAAGGCACGUGUAUGUUCGUGUGGGAGUGCAUCAAAUCCGAGGGGACGCACGUGGGCGUGUGCGUGGACACGUUCAUGUUCGGCAGUUGUUGCGUCCACAACACGACGGUAAACACGAUAAGCGCGUCUCACCAUUCUCAUCGGCAGCAGCAACAGCAACAGCACGGCGAUACGACUACGGGUACACUCAGGCCGAUUCUGUUCGGCUCGGCGGUGUCAAACGAGACCACUAGACUGACCACGUCGACCUCCUCUCUCUCGAGUUGGAGCAUAGGGUCGAGCACCACGAAACCGAAUCUUCAUCAGCUUUCGGGGUUUCACGGCUCGACCAGACCGUUAAAACCGUACCCGCAUGGUGCCGCGAGACCCCUGCAGAAAAGGCCGCACGCGAAACCGACGUCCGAGUACGACGUUGACAGGUUGCAGACCCCCGCGGUAUCUGUCUCCGCGUCCUCUCUGAACACGUGGACGGAAGAUAGGCCGCAGGAAACGAAAAGACCCGGAGGUCAUCACUCUCAUCAUCAGAAGACGAGACCAGACGAGGAAGCGACGAGCGAGAAACCUUUGUUCGUCCAAAGUCAACCGGACUUCAAGGACAAAUUGGAGACCCAUAACACGCUAAUAGUACGUUUACCGGGAAAGGAGCACGCGGACAACGAGGUUGCUGGCUCGAGCAAGCCGGCCAAACCGGGUAAACCGAACAACCUGAGGCCGUUUGAGUCGAGACCGGACGACGGGAAGACCGGCGACGUCGAUCUCAGCGUGCAGGAGACGAUAAAUCGGCCGAAUGUCAAUUCCGUCAUUGAAAACGAAACAGCGAAAGAGCCCCAUCCGAAUUUGAAUUUCAUACACAUUGAACGACCGCAUUGGGCAACCAAGCCAGCACAAUCGAAACCAUCAUCGACGGAUUUCCCGAAGCCGUUCUUCUCGGUCAAAACAACUACCUAUCGACCGAUCUCGAUAAGUGGUCAGGCAGAUCAAAGACCGAAUUUUAUCUCAAAACCGAAUAUCUGGACUCUGUCCAUGAAAACAUCGACGACAACGACCACCAAGCCGACUUACGUCAAGCAGCCUUCCACCAGCGCAGCCGGAUCCAUACCACAAACUUCUCAUUGGCAAGUAACUACAGAACCGGUCUUCGUCACAAAACAGAAACCAUCGUCGCUGUCACCGUCAUCCCCGUCGUCGUUCUCGUCAACUUCAUCAUUUUCAUCAUCCUCGUUUCCGUCGUCAUUGUCAUCAUCGUCAUCAUCACCCAAACCAAUGACCGCGAUUACUGUAUCGGAGACUGUACGAAUACCAUCUUUAAGUACGAAUUUUCAUUUCUGGUCAAACAGCUGGACGCCACCUAGGCCGUCCUUGAAACCGCACUGGACGGACAGUCCUGCUCUCCUUCAGAACGGACCGGAAAGCUUUCCAUCGCGACCGAGCUUUAAGCCGACUGAGUCGCAACAAAGCGCCGAAUAUCAGAAGCCUCUAGGUUCGGCGCACUACAUAACGACGUCUCACUUGGAAACAUCGACUAGGCCACGACCAACGAAGAAAACCACAAUGCUGAACACAACGUCGCCAACUACAUUGAUGUCCUCGACAACCAUCCACACUACAAUUAACCCGACGACCACGAUGACGACAGUAACGAUCGCGGAGAGUAGCACAGUCAGUGCUAGCACCAUGAAUGCCGUCAUGACGCAAGGAUCGACUGAUCGCGAGGGAGCAACGGUGGCGAGCGAGAAGGGAACGGGUUCGGUGAUGACGGUCGCAGCCGCUGACGAGAGCAAAAACAUGCAGUGCGGAAUACCGCCGUUAUUCCCACGACCAGAGACACGGAUUGUCGGCGGCAAGGACGCGCCAUUCGGCCGAUGGCCCUGGCAAGUGUCCGUGCGUAGGACGUCUUUUUUCGGCUUCUCGAGCACUCACCGGUGCGGCGGUGCGGUGCUCAACGAGAAUUGGAUUGCCACCGCGGGUCAUUGCGUCGACGAUUUGCUGACAUCGCAAAUACGGAUACGAGUCGGCGAGUAUGACUUUUCGUCGGUCCAAGAGCGGCUGCCCUAUGUGGAACGUGGCGUCGCCAAGAAAGUUGUGCAUCCCAAGUACAACUUUUUCACAUACGAAUAUGAUCUGGCACUGGUGCGACUCGAAAGCUCCUUGACGUUUGCGGCGCACAUCUCGCCCAUUUGUCUGCCAGCCACGGACGAUCUCCUGAUCGGGGAGAACGCAACGGUGACGGGUUGGGGAAGAUUGAGCGAAGGUGGAACACUACCCUCAGUGUUACAAGAGGUUUCCGUGCCGAUAGUAAGUAACGAUAGGUGCAAAUCAAUGUUUUUAAGAGCCGGCAGGCACGAGUUCAUACCAGACAUCUUCCUCUGCGCCGGUUACGAAACUGGCGGGCAAGAUUCGUGUCAGGGUGACUCCGGAGGCCCUCUUCAAGUACGCGGAAAAGACGGCAGGUACUUUCUGGCCGGUAUUAUAUCGUGGGGGAUCGGAUGCGCGGAAGCCAAUUUACCGGGCGUCUGUACGCGAAUCUCCAAAUUCGUACCGUGGAUUUUAAAGAACGUCACCUGAUCUACUCUACGAUAAACGCGACUAUGAUAGACGUACGAAUGACAGGAGAAAACUUGGCGAAAUCCGAUGCGCGAAUAAGCGAUUUGCAAUAUUGCUUCGCACGAUAUCAAGAAACCAAGUCGGUCAUUUUAGAUUUUAGAUUCCUCUCGCAAAUGAGAACAUGUCUUCUAUCAUUUGCAUUUAUUUAUUUGUAUUUACACUGCCGCUCACGAAAUAACAUAAUCUGUGGUGUUGCUACAUACAAAAAAUAUACUCACAAGAAGUGGAAUAUCGAAUCAUCGGAUAUACGUACUAGCGACAUAUGCAAAACAAUCGUGCAUUAUAGCAGUAUACACCGAGAACUUGUAUUUAUAUAUAAAUCUAAGAGUAAGGAAAUAAUAUAUAUUUUCUAGGUUAAAGCUACAGUUAAAUAACCGAGGGAAGUCUGUAAUAAAGAGGUCAAAGAAGUAUUGUCUGAUAGAGACUAAAGAGAACGUCGUUAUCAUUCUUGCCACUUUGCUACGAAAAAUGGAUAUAAUACGACAUUUGGGAAAAGAGUUGUGAUUUUUCGAAAAUAUUUUAUAUAUAUGCACCAACUAUAAAUUUAUUAUAAUAUAAAAACUA